AAGCGCCGUAAGAGAACGACUCGUAGUCAAUUCAAAGUGCUCGAAAAGACAUUCUUGGAUAACCCCAAACCAAAUGCUUCCUUGCGUAAAUUACUCGCACAGCAACUCGAUAUGACGCCUAGAGGAGUUCAAGUCUGGUUUCAAAACCGAAGAGCCAAAGAAAAG